GCAGGAUAUGAUUAUGAUGAGGAGACAUUUGAAAAGAUCUUUAAACGCAUAUAUGCAACCUUUGGUUCUGCUGCACCUUACACUAUAUUCCCGGAUUCUCAACCAUUCCUUAGGUGGCUUCGUUCUACUGGUGUUACAGUUGGGCUUGUUAGCAAUGCUGAAUAUCGGUAUCGGGACGUAAUCCUUCCAGCCCUAGGCUUGAAUCAGGGAUCUGAGUGGGAUUUUGGAGUAUUCUCUGGCCUAGAAGGUGUAGAAAAACCAGACCCAAAGAUAUAUAAAAUUGCAUUGGAGAGAGCUGGAAAUGUUGCUCCAGAAGAAGUUCUUCACAUAGGAGACAGCAUCAGGAAAGAUAUUAUUCCUGCAAGGAGUGUGGGGAUGAAUACGAUAUUGCUCGACCGGUUCAAGACAUCUGAUGCUGAAAAUUGGAGGAAAUCUGGAGAGACUGUGCUACCCGACCUUAACGCAGUAAAAGAUUGGCUCACUUCUCACCGUGAUUCCAUUCCUAAGUAAGUAGCUGGUUGUCGAC